AUGAAGCGUUUACAACUACUAGGAAGGUCGAAAUACCUUUCAUUGUCAUCGAAAGAAGAUAAUACUAGUACAUCUCCACUCCUGAAGAAAAAUGGGUUUGAUGACGAAAAAUCCGGAAACCUCCCGCGAUGUUCAACGUCCAUUUCUAAUUCUAAAGUUGUUCAAGAAUACCCUCCUUUACAUUUGUUGAAACUACCGAAGAAGCUAUUAUUACUUAUUCUGCAAAAUUUGGACACCAGAACAUUAUUAUCUCUAUGCGAGGUGAACUCGACAUUAUACAAUAUUAUUAGUAACAAUUUCCUUUAUAAUCAUGUGGUACUAGAUACAAAAUUGUCAUUAUUGAAAUUCAAUGCAAUCAUCCAUUCAGAAUUUCACACAUCAAACGCUAUAAACAACAACAGUAAUAAUAAUAUUGUUAAUAAUAAUAAGCAGGAUGAUACGGUUUCACAAAACGUUAGAUUUUUAGUUCGAUCUAUUGAAUUCGUUAACCCACAAUGCCAAGAUUCUUUAUUUAAAUAUUCCAAGUUUCAUAAUAAAAAUGAUCAGACCAUUGCAGGCUCAUACGUUUAUGAGUCAACAUCAAGUUUAUCAACGUCUUCCGCUAUGAAAAAUAUAUCUAAUAAAAAUAAUAUUCCUACCACAAUUGAAGAACAACCUACUUCGGAUUCAUAUAAUGGUAAUACAAAUAGUCCCCGGAAAUACAAUAACAAUGACAUAUUUUGCCAGUCUUGUUUCAAAACCAUCGAUAAAAUGGAAAAUAAAUAUUCUCAUUAUACUUACAUUGAAUUAAUGUUAGAUAUCAUUGAUUAUCUCCCUAAUUUAACACAUGUGAUUCUAAGUAAUGUGGAAUCUAAUUUUAAAAUCCCAUUAUGGUACUCUGUAUUCAACGACGGGUCAAGGGAUUUCUUUAAAAAAAUUAUCAAGGGCCAACAAUCUAUUAAUAGCAAUGAUCUUCGAACGUUUGAAAUAUCUAAGCAAUUUGUCUCUGAAUAUGAAAGAAAGUUUUAUUCAUUGCAAAGAAUUAAAACUUUGGAAAUUAGAGCAUCAAAAGAUAAAAAAACAGGAAAUAAUGUUGUCCGUUUAAGACCUAAUCUUUUAUGUUGCUUUGGUAUAAUAAAUGAAUUGAUUUUAGAAAACAUUAUCAUAGAUACAGAAUCCUUAGAUACACCAAUGGAAUUUUUACCGUUACAUUUAAGAUUGGAACCGACAGGGCUGUAUCAACUUCAUGCACCAUUCCAUGCUUUGACUUUAAAGUCAUGUAGUAUCAUACCAGGUAAUGGAAUUUUGAAACUUUUCAAUCCAUAUUUUAAAUGCGUUAAGAAUUUAGAAUUGCUACAAAUUACAAGUAAAUAUGACCUUCUGCUAUGUAAUUGCUUUUCAGCAUUGACUGAUUUAUCAAUUGAUUGCAGUAGUAUAUGUUUCAUGAAUGAAACAUUAGUGGAUGAUGAAUAUUAUUAUGAAAAUCCACCUCAUAAUAAUGAAGCGAUCUUAGAACAUGACUGUAAUUCACUAAGUGAAACUCUGCUAGAUUCUACUGUAGAUUAUACAUUGCAAGCCCCACCAGCUACAUCAUCAAUAGUAUUAUCAUUGAAUUUAAAGUAUAUUUCAAGGACCACAACAACAGACAAUAAUAAUAAUAAUCUCCAAAAUAAUAGAAGGAAACCUGCUACUCUAACCAAAAGUCAAGGAGACUUUUUCAAACAUUCAAGUAUACCAGAAUUCCACUACUUUUACCAUUACUAUAAAUUACUAUGGGAUAGGUUACCUCAUAAGAAUAUCAACAUCAAUAUUAUUAAUAUCCCCUUUAGAAAUGUUUACCCGCUAUCACCAAUAGUGUUUUGGGAAAAAAUGAUGAACUCAUUGGCAGAUAAUGAUAUUGCAGACCAAGAAACAUUGAUUGGCUACAGGACGGAUCAUAACUCCACUCGAUCUAAUGUACCAGUGCAUGGUAGAAACACGCAUCCCACUGAUAAUAAUGAAAUCGAUGAUCAUUUCCAUAAUGAUUAUUAUUGGAACACAUCAGUGAGAAACUGUUUCAAGGAUUGUCUUUCCGUUUUGAAAAAUCAAAACCAACAAUAUCAUGGCUUGUCUGUAGAUGAAACCGUUAAUGAUAUGGAUGAUGAAAUAAUUAACAAUUACCAAAAUUUUAAAUAUUUUAAAGAUAUCCCAAAUUUGAAUCUUUGGUGUUUCCUUAAAUCAUUAUCGAAAUUUAAAUCUGUGAAAAUUCGCUUGUUGAGAAAUUUGUUAUUUUGUACUCCAAGAACAAGGUAUGAUUGGGAACUGUUACUAAAACCAGUAUUGAAUGUUAAUGUCCCCGUAGAAGUAAGAGAUAAGGAUGGUUUCGUUUUAUAUUCAUACGGUAAUAUUAAUCAAAAGUAA